UUUACUCUUAGGAAAUCCCCCGUUGGACCUGCAGCGCAAAGGAACCCGAGCAAUUGUUAUCUGUUCCAGCUUAGUUCCCGAAAAACGAUCGGUUUCGCUUUCGCUUUCCUACUCCUUGCCAAAAGGAGGCGGGCUUUGCCACAUUCGCAGGUUCUUCCGACCGGAGCUGCUGGAUUUCGUGUGGGGAGAAGCACGAAGUGUCUGUGUGGUACAGAAGCAGCAGGAUCAGAAUGAAUGCCACGGAGGACCUUCCGAAGAUCGACCAGGAAUUGUAUUCCCGCCAACUCUAUGUGCUUGGGUUUGAGGCCAUGCAGAAGAUGGCUACAGCAACAGUGCUGGUUUCUGGAAUGACGGGGCUGGGGGUCGAGAUUGCCAAGAAUGUGAUUCUCGCAGGCGUGAAAUCUGUCACACUUCAUGACCAGGAUGAUGCUCAAUGGAAUGACCUGUCCUCACAGUUCUACCUAUCAGAGAAUGAUGUGGGGCAAAACCGAGCUGUGAUAUCCCAGAAACAUCUCUCCAAGUUAAAUAGCAAUGUUGAGGUGAUCCCCCACACCACUGAACUGAUGAAGUCCUUCUUGGCUACUUUCAAGGUUGUGGUUCUGACCAACUCAUCAUUGAAAGAACAGCUGGAUAUCAGUGAAUUCUGCCAUGCCAACCAAAUUUGCUUUGUCCUAGCUAACACAAAGGGCCUGGCUGGACAGAUUUUCUGUGAUUUUGGAGAAGAACAUGUAGUGUAUGAUCCUUCAGAAGCUGAACCUGCAUCUGCUGCCAUUGAACACAUCACCUGGGGUAAUCCUGGUCUCUUGACUAUGGCCUAUGAUGAUGAGCAGGGACAUUGCUUUAGGAAUGGUGACUGGGUGACCUUCUCUGAAAUUGAAGGGAUGACACAACUGAAUGGUUCUAAUCCACGCCAGAUCUGUGCGAAAGGAAAUAACACCCUGGAAAUUGGAGACACGUCUUCCUUUUCCCCAUACCAACAUGGUGGGAUCAUCACUCAGGUCAAGAUGCCUCAAAAACACUCCUUUAAGUCUCUGCAAGCCUGCAUGGAUAAUCCGAAGUUCAACACCCAAGAUAGAAAGAAAAUGUUUCGUUAUCGCACUCUUCAUGAAGCCUUUCGGGCACUUCACACAUUCCAGAAUGAAGUUGGUCGACUUCCUAGCCCUCAGAAUCGGGCAGAUGCAGACAUGUUAGUAGAACUGGUGAGGAUCCCAGAUAUGGAUCAGGAACAAGAGAAUCUGAUACGGACAUUUGCGUAUGGAUGUAUGGGGGAUUUGAGCCCUAUGAAUAGCCUUAUUGGAGGCAUUGCUGCUCAAGAAGUCCUAAAGGCUGUUUCAGGGAAAUUCACCCCUUUGGAUCAGUGGCUGUACUUUGAUGCUUAUGAAUGCCUGCCUGAGGGGGAGCAGCUGACAGAGGAAAACUGUGCUCCGCGUGGUAGCCGCUACGAUGGGCAGAUUGCUGUCUUUGGGGCUGACUUCCAAAAACAACUUGGGAAGCAGAAGUAUUUCCUGGUAGGAGCAGGUGCGAUUGGCUGUGAACUCUUGAAGAAUUUCGCAAUGAUUGGCUUGGCUGCUGGCGAGGGCGGGGAGAUCACUGUGACAGACAUGGACAUCAUUGAAAAGUCCAACCUGAACAGGCAGUUCCUAUUUCGACCACAAGAUAUAUCUAAGCAGAAGUCAGAAGUGGCUGCAGCUGCCAUAAGACGUAUGAAUCCUAAUAUCAAUGUAAUAGCUCAGCAAAAUCGGGUCGGGCUUGACACACAACACUUCUAUGGGGACGAAUUCUUCUUGGGCUUGGAUGGUGUAGCCAGUGCCCUGGACAGCUUUCAAGCCAGAAACGAAGUGGGUGAAAUAUGUCUGCACUACCUCAAGCCUUUGCUCGAUUCUGGGACCGAUGGCACCAAGGGACACUCCCUAGUCUUCGUGCCUUACCUGACAAACACACAUGGACAAAGUCUGGAUAAGGACAGUACAACAAUCCCUCUCUGCACUCUGCGCUAUUUCCCCACUACCAUCCAGCACACCAUUCAGUGGGCCCGAAAUCAAUUUGAGGAUCUUUUCAAAAUAAGAGCAGAGGAUACUAAUAAAUUUCUGAGGGAUCCCACCACCUUUGAGAAAGAAGGCACGGAAGCUUUGGAGAGGCUGAACCUAGUGAAGAUGAGUCUUCAGGAGCAGCCACAGUGCUGGCGAGACUGCGUGGCCUGGGCCCGGAAACUUUGGGAGCGUCUUUUCUGUCAUGACAUCCUGCAGAUGCUGUACAACUUUCCACCUGAAUAUGAGACAAGCUCUGGAUUUCCUUUCUGGUCCGGAUCCAAUCGAUGCCCGCACCAACUCCAGUUUGAUUACAAUAAUACCACCCACAAGAGCUUCAUUGUGUCUGCCAGUCGCCUCUUUGCCGAGACACACAAGCUGCUUGUUCAUGAAGAUGAAGCUACCACUUUGCAAGUUCUCCUUGAGUUGCAUCUCCUACCCUUCCACCCACGUCAAGGGAUGCAUAUCCCUACUACGGAUGAGGAGAGUCCAACAUUACCAAGUGCCUCUAAGGAGACGAUGUUGAUAGAACUGAAACAAGAAUUGGGAAAGCUAAGAGAGGAGCUUGAAAAAGACAGUGGUCAUAUGGAGCCACUUCACUUUGAGAAGGAUAAGGACUCCCAUUUGGAAUUCAUCACGCAUGCAGCCAAUCUGCGAGCUGAGAACUAUGACAUCCCUCCAGUGGAUAAGUUCCAGGCCAAGAGGAUUGCGGGCCGGAUUGUACCUGCCAUUGCCACCACAACAGCUGCUGUAGCUGGCCUGACCUGCCUGGAGCUUUACAAAUUGGUGUGGCAGUGCAAGGAUCUCAGUUCCUAUCGCCAUGGCUUCCUCCAGCUCGCUGAGCCGUUCCUCGAUCGCUCCCAGCCUGUGCCAUCUCCACAAGCAUACGAGUAUCAGAAGAAGACAUGGAGCUGCUGGGACAGAAUUACCAUGCCAGGUUUAAAUUCCAAAGGAGAAGUUGUUACCUUGAGAGAGAUAUGUGAUCACAUCCAGACGGAGCAUGACCUUGUGCCUCAGAGGUUGCUAUUUUGGAAAGGAUCCAAAAUAGUAUUCCUUAUCUAUGAUAAGGAAGCUGCAAUCAAAGAGCAACAUCUUCCUUUAAGCCUGACGGAAUUGAUUCAUGAAAUCACUGGAGAGCCAGUCCCCAAGGAGUGCCGUCUCUUGGUAUUGACAAUUGAUUGUGAAAAUGAAGAAUUCGAUGAAAAUGUACCACCUGUUCAUAUCAUGCUUCAACCAGCCAGUAAUCAAAAAUAAAUAAAUUGUGUUAACAGAUUUCUAAAGGAAGCAAUCUCGUUAAAUCAGAGAAGCACUGAAAGUGACUGCUCUAAACACAAAUUACUGCAAGAAUGUGUUUUGAUGAAGGCGAUAUGUCUUCUCCAGUGCAUCAGCUUAAAUUUGCCUGCAGGAGUUAUCCUACCCCUGAGGGCCAUGAACAGAUAAUUUGUUGGAAAUGACUAUGAAGUGCAAUCUACAGAACUUCUUUUGUCAUAUCCUGAAUCUCACUUCUCAUUAUGUUCCUAUAUCACAUCAGUUGGGUGUGUGGCAACAUUACAUUAGCCUGCUCUGCUUUGUCAGAAAGUUUAUUGAACUGGCACCCUCCUAUGAUUUUUAUAGGCACACUGCAAAUGUGGGUAGGAAUUAGGCUUGUGGUAGUUGGACAGCUGGAAGGCCCCAAGCUAGGAACAUCUGCCUUAAAGGAUGGGAUAUUUUCAUUAUCUCAGCACUGAAAGACCUAAUCUCCAAUGUUCAACUAGUAUCUCCAAUUAGAUGAGACAGCUCGAGAGACACGCUAGGAGAGGUUUUGGAAAGCCAGUUGCAAUUAGAGCAGACAACGUUGGGCUAGAUGUAGCAGUAAUCAACCAGAGUACCUUCAAACUUUCAGCUGUCUCUGUAUUUUGAAUAAGUGCAGUGGGAAGACAGACAUUGGAGUACUGUGAUAUAUGUGAGAGGCACUAAGUUGUGCUGUAGUUGAGGGCAAAAUCUGGAGUAUAAAUGCCUUGAUUGUUGAUUGGGCAGCAUGUCGCAAACCAUUAUCUUUUUCCUUAGCGUAAAAUGAGAUUAUCAUGGAGAUGAAUGAGACUUUGUAAGUCAUUCAUUAUGCACGCAGAAAGGGAGAUCAGAAGCUGCCUUCAUACAAGGGCUUCAUCUAGCUCACUACCAUCUCCGUAUUUAACCAUUAUGGAUGGAGUUCUUUUAAGCCUCAUGUGCCGAAACCAAGGACUGAAUGGGCAUCUUGCAUUUGAAAUAUGUGCUCUCCCAACGUAGCCUACUCUUGGUUACACGUUGUUACCAAUGGAAUUGAUAGUGCCCAUGGCUCUUCAGGAUAAACCACAACCUCCCUGAGUGUUGGCCACCCAGACCCUUCAUGAAGGAGAGCUCUUGGCUCCCACUAUUGUAGACAGAUCCAGAAGAAACUUACGUAUUUGUAAGCAAAUUGCUUUGCCAUAUUGUCCACCUAUUAGUUUUAGUUGUUCUGUCCACUCAGGUCCAUCUUUGUUGUGACAGCUCUAUAGAUACCGGUAGUCCUUGACUUAUGACUGUAGUGGAGUCUGCCCAUUAUAGUCAUAAGUCAUGAUGGUCGUAAAGCAGGUUAUCACGUGACCAACCUAACCAACCAAAGAUGCAAGCUAUUUUUUGCAGCGAUUCAAUGCAGCUAUUAUUCACUAUGGAGUAUUUUGGCCAAAAACCAGAAGUAAACGUUGGUUUUCAGCAAAAAUAUAAAUUGUGGCCACAUGACUGCAGGAUGCUGCAAAUGGUCAUCAAUGAAGGUCAGUUGCCGAGGUCUCAAAAUUCAAUCACAUGACUAUAGGAGGGGGCCACCAUUGUAACUUUGGAACUGAAUUACAAGUACCUUUAGUCUUGUAAUGUUGAAUGGUCCCUAAGUGAACAGUUAUAAAUUGAGAACUAGCUUAUUUGUAAAUUGCUACCUUGUAAAUUCUAUCGUCUUCUUUUUGCCCCAGCUACUGAAAUAUCCAGCUUUUUGAACUUGGUUUCUCACAACAUUUGAUUUCCCUUCUGAUAAGAAAGAUAAGAGUGUGGGUGCCUAUAGUGUUAAACCUUGUUAAGAACAACUUGGCUGACAAUUCCGUGUUUGUGGUUUGAUUUUUUAAGAAAAGAGUGUGAGAACUUCACUCCUGUGAAACUUCUAAAGCAACACUAGGAAUAACAUCUGAUGAAGAUAACUGAGUGGCUUUCCUUCCUUUCUAAUUUAAAUCAAAUGCUUUAGAUUAGGUUCAUUCUGCACUUUAUGGCAAAUUGCCCUGUGACAAAUUGCAUAUUCUGUUUACAGUAAACUGCUAGCAACACAUUAAAGUAAUGAGACAGAGUUGAUGAUGAAA